GCCUGCGCCCAGUAGUGAGCGGGUCGCGGAAUCGCGUCGACGUCGUACGAAAACCGACGUCAUUCCACAGGGAUAUAUCCAAAGACGUUAUCAAUUAACAAAACCAUGCUCUAGUGAACGAAUAUUCAGUGUUGACCAUUUCUUUUGGUAACGUGUUGUUAUAUGUAUAUAAAACAUGCUCUGUGAAAGAAAGCUUUGAAAAUUAUGGUUCACUCAACAUCUAUGAUUCUAUUUUUGAAGCUAACAACAAUGUAACUGAACAGAUUGUGAUAAAAAAAUAUAAUUCAAGAAAACAAAAUUCACGCUAGAAGACUGAGAUGCCAGUUUAAAUGAAAUGACGCAGAUUAGCUGAAACUAGCGCUAUGGUCGCUACUAGUCGAUUUACGCCAACAUGGCCGACGAAGAAAAAAUACCCCCAACCUUCCUUGAAAAGUUGCUCUUCUACACGACAGCUAGCUUCGUUCUCCUUGCUAUCUUCAGCCUCUUUGCCUUCCUCUUCUUAGUCCCGUUUGUAAUAGAACCAGCCUUCACUACCAUCUUCAUGCAAUUUGAUCCAAACGCCGCUUUGUGCGUAACGUCCGAAGUGAAGCACCUUGUUGGAGCCAGCAACUGCACCUGGGCAUCUUGCCGAGAGGGAUGCACUAAGGAUCUUUUCGAAUGCACUCAAAUAAGGGUCAACUACAAACUCAGCAACGACACUAAUGCUACACUGGCGGACUUCGAAGAACUAAUCAGAGAAGAAAGAGCUCUGAGGAAGGACUACGAAUACGAUAGCUUCGAAUCCACUGACGAACUCCCAGACGUCUUACCAACCGGUCUCCAAGGCGGUGAUUCCGAAUGGUACUUCAUGGGAGCACGUCUAUUCCCAAACGUGAAAGGAUGUGGUUAUCCACCCAUUUUAAACUGCACCAUAUUCUAUGGCAAAUACAGGCCACUGGGUACCAACUACUCGUGCUACUACAGCCGGAUAGACCCUGGCUUGGUGAUCACGGAAUUAGACAUGUGGCAGAACACAUUAAACUUGGUGUAUGCAAUGGCUAUACCGAUCCCUUCGUUCAUAAUAUCGGUGAUUUACCUAACGUUCGCGUACUUCAAGAUUUAUAAUACUGAGGAGGAGUCAGAACAAGAGCCGUUGAAGAAUGAUGCUGAGGGUAUGGCCACGGGUGACGAUGAGAAGCCAACCACGCCAGGAUCUGAUACGUUCAGAGAGGACUUGGCAUGUUUUGGGCAUCAAUUGAAGAUGCAACUAGCUAAUGAAAAGUCUAAGGAAGGAUUCGAAUCCAAUAGUCCGCCAAUUUCCAAUUCAGCAUCUUUAUCUGGGACCAAGUCAUCCUUCGUGAACGCCUAACGUGAAUUGAAUAUAACAUCUAUCUAUACAUAGAGAUGACAGGAUUCCUGAAGAGUCAAACUUGGUUACAAAGUUUACCACGAGAUGAGGUGAAUAAAAAAAAAAACUAUUUAGAAAGAAAAGUGCUCGAUAUGUGAUUUUAUAUUGACAAGUCAACUUCUCGCUCACUCCUAAAGGAGUAAGUAAAGGAAAGCUAUAGACCAGUGUAAAUGAAAAACAUUUGGCAAUAUGUCAAAAACAGACGAAGAGAUUUUUAUAUAGAGUUGUGAAAUUAUUGACUAUUGGAAACUGUGUCAUGAUAAUAAUUUCUAUUAAUUUAUUUUAUCUUAUUAUAUUUAUGUAUUUCUUCAAAUUGUUUGCCAUAUAUCAGAUUGUGAAGCACAAUAAUAUUAAAAAAAUAUAUGAAUAAAUAUUAAUUAUGAAUCAUGCAAUAUAACUAUUUAUUAAUAAAUAUAUUGCUCAAAUUCGUGUCACUGACAAAGAAAUUAUUAUCAUGAAUUACAAUUUAUAAUUAGGCAUAAAAGAAUUUUAUCUUCUAAUAGAAAAUAAAGUAUUUAAGAUUUUAUGCUCGUAUGCUAAUUGUGUCAAAAUGCACGCGUGCUGAUUAUAUUGAAAUAUAUAAAUAUAUAUAUUGUAUAAUAUAAAUAUAUGAAGGAAAAAAUGUUUACAAUAAAAUAUUAUAAUUAUUCAUUGUUGAUUUUGAAAGCAAUAGUUUGAAGAUUUGAAAUAGCAUUCGAUAUUUAAGUAAAAUAAAAUUUAAAAAAGAAUAAUAUUUAAUACAUCGACUAAUAAAAAAAUUAUGACAUAUAGAAAUAAUUUGUUAGUACAAUUCCAUAAUAACAUUGUUUGUACGUAUAGUCUAUUUUGUUCGGAAAAUCUAUUGUAAUUUUAUGGCAUGAAGAUUUAAUAGUUAGCACGCGCUUAAUAUUAUUUUUAAUAAUGUUGCAAUAAGUCAAAUAAAAAUAGAUAAGUUUGUAAUUCGAAAAUGAGUUGAUUAAUAUUAGAAAUAUAUUAAAAAUUAUUAUACAAUUGAAUGAGGAUAAUUUUGAGAAUUUUAGUAAGCGUUUAGUGUUCAAAACCGCCCAAAAGAUUUGCAAUUCGCUGUAAGUCUAAACAAAAUCGGAUGGCAAUUGUAUGAAUUAUAUUGGAAACACGUAUACCUUGCCGCCGUGGGGGCGGUAUUGAUUCUUCCGUCCCAUGUCUAUUUAAAAAUUCAUCGAUACAUAUUGUCCAUACCAUUCCGAACCGAGAAUUUAACCAAAAUAGAAAACGUUACCUAUCCAAUCAAUAAAGCUAAACGUCCAUCGCUAACAUCCUUGAUUUAUUUAUGUUAGCUCCAAAUUUCCAUUUUUCAGUACAACUGUCUAUAAUAUAUAAAAAUUAAAGUAACAAAAAUGAUUUAUUGUCAAUAAUAGAAUUAAAAAAGUAAAAUUGACAGCGUUUCAUUAAUGACUUAGACUGGAAAUUAAGAGUUAGCUAGAUAACGCUAAAAACGCACAUGUUUAGAUUAAACUAAUUUGUAAGAUCAAAAUCUUAUUUGUAAAACUUUAGUGCGCGUUUUGUUUUAAAAUUUGUUGACGUGAUUAUUCCAAAAAUAAAAAAAAUAUUCAAACCCAUACAUACUAACAUUUUAAAUGUGAUUUGUAUAGUUAUAUUCAAUUUCACUAUUAGAUACAUUUGGUUUUGUUAGUGGAGAAUUUAAUAUACUUACAUUCUACAAUUGUUGGUGGAAAAUUAUCACAUUCCCACACAAAAUAUGCAGUCUUUCUAUAAAGUGUAGAUGUCGGCACUAUGUCCUAUUGAAUAGAAACACUCAAUAUUUGUCAAACAAUUGGUGUUGCAAUGGCAGAAAAAAUUAGUUUGUUAAAAAACCGUUUCCUACUGAUUAAAGAGAGACUGUACCUACUGCAUUUUCAAUUAUUGUUUUAUUUUCUGUAUUGAUAUUAUGUAUGUCGCCACUGUAUUAUAUAUACAAACAUACAUAUUAUUUAUAUUAGUAUAUAGUAAUAACAGCUUAAUUGAAACGUGAAAAGCAAUUAUUGAAUAUCAUUGUAAUUCAUGUCAAUUUGUUUUUAAGUAAUGAACAAGUUAUCACAAGACGAAUAUUUAUUAAUAGAAAAUAUAAUAUAGUUUGGGAUUUUAUUGAAGUGAACGUUUCAAUUGAAAAUUUGAUUUUAUCAUUUAUAUUUUGUUUUCAACCUUCUGGUAUCAAAUUUCAAAGCCAACACGAUUUUUAGACACAUGUUAAAUGACACUAGUUUGAAAUUUAUAGAUUAUCAGAUUUUUGUUCUGUAUUUAUUUUGUUUAUGUCAUUAGUGACUAGCUGCACACCGCGGCGUUACCCGCUUAUUUAUUUAAAAGAUAACUUUUUUUUUUAAUACUUACCUUUUUACGAACAUUAGUAACAUUUACAACUAAACUAUUCAACAAAAUCUUACGGGAAUCGCGUAUUUUCAGGAUAAAAGUACCCUAUGUGUUAAUCCAAAGUAUCAGUUACACCGAUAUGAAAUUUCAUGAAAGUUGGCCCAGCCUUUUGAGCGUGAAGAAGUAACAAACAUACUAACAAAAUUUCGUUUUUAUAAUAUUAGUGGGAUCAGAACAGAUUUUUAUACCUUAAGUAUAUAUUUUUUUCUCAGUUUUAUGAUAGCUCGUUUAUUCAAUGUAUCCUUGUGAUCGUCUAAAUUUUGGUUGUGUUAUACAUAUAUAUGUAAUUUAACGCCCAAUUUUGUGAUUUCAAUAUAUUUUACAAUGCUUCAUGUGAUAAUCACUGUUGUUGUAAGCUAUUUUCUCAAUUCCUGUGUACGUUUUUUUUAGGAAUAUCACUGAUACAGAUAAGUUAUUGUCGCUCGAAUCAUCCUAAAAUCAAUUUACACAAUAA